ACAUCCGUUUUACAGUGUUGCGCGCAUCAAGAAGCGAGAUGUGUCAUGUGUGCGACGGCACUGGAAACAUCGGCUUCGCGUUUAGCCCAAGCUCAACGUUCCAGCCAGUGUCAUCUGAAUUCAGUUUCGUGUGACGUCCGCUGUUCAGGCAUUUAGAUCCAGCUCUACGAAUAAAGUUCACAUCUGAAUAUCUGAGUUAGGACAGUCCGCAGUGCAUUUGGACCACAGAGUAUCGGUGACAAUUGAAACCACUUCAUCAAGUCAAACAGUCUAUCAAGAAUCGAGACUAUCUGUCCAGCAUGCUGGUCGAUGCAUCGACCAGCAACCCUGUCACCCACCAGGGCCCAGAACAUGUCUUUCAGCAACUGGACUCGUACGACUGGACUGAUCUAGAGUUCCAAUCGGGAAUUUUGGCGAUCCUCGAGUCCAUGAAAGCCCAGUGUGCAUCAGACGAGCAGCUGCAAGCCACAGAAGCGAAAGCGAAGGUCUUCUUCUUUUCAAACAAAAUCGGCUCCCCGAUAUCGUACGACGAGUAUAGCGCUUGGCGAUCCGCAAAGCAAGGCCGGCCAGCUCAGCCAUCUACGACUGUGAACGGUGCGAUAUCGUCGCAAGAAGCCCAACUAUCGGAUUCUGCAGCAUCAGGCGUACCUGCGAACGAGCCGUAUCCUGCUUCAUUUGAUGCUAUUGUCGAGCUGAUCACGAGCGGGCGCACGGAUGAAAUCCCAGGUAUCAAAGAUGUUCCUUUGAAGAUUAACGAGGUGCCGCCCACGGAAGCGACAAUGCCAAAAAGAGCGAAACCGUGGGAAGCAAAAGCAGAUGAGGCGAACGCUUGAGAUAUUCCAUGCUCGAAUUGUAUUGCUAUGCUACAGAGUGGUUGCGGACCAUCAGCCUUCAUCUUCGUCGUCUUCUCCAAACAAGUCGUCGUUCUCCUCAUCGUCUUCUUCGUCCUCGUCUUCUUCAUCAACGUCCAUAGGGAUGGAUGCGGCACCAGCCUCGGGGACAUCAAGUGCUGUAGGCGCGCCUGGAGCCGAGGCCGGAUGGUCCGCCCUUUGCUGUGCAGAAGCUUCGUUUGCCUUCGCCUUGUCUUGCGGCGCGCCAUCACAUUGCUCCUUCGCCGAGCUUCCCGAUUUGCGAAGCGACGCUUGCUCGUCUACCGUAGUCCCUGCAGCUGCCCCUGACGUUUGCGAUGGUGCAGCAGCCUGCCACCCUUGCUCGCGAUCGCGCUCGCGUUGCUCUUGGU